UUGUUCUGCCCGGCUACGGCUGCCCAGCUGAGCCAAGGCCCAGAGGCAGCUCAGGUCUGGCAUGGCCUCCACUUCGGUCAUCCUCUCCCGGGAGGACGCUGCGGCCGGACCCUCGGCCACCUACACCUACUACAGCCAGCCCAGGACUCUGCCCGCAAGGAGGAAGUACCGGGCCUCCCUGGACCCCAAUGAGCCCCAGGAGGAAGAACCAAUUCGCUAUGCCAACCUCAUGUACGAGAGGAGAGUCGUCCGAGGGAACACAUAUGCCCUUCACGUUCUGCCCUGGUCUGAAGAACCUGACCCCCUUGAGCUCCAGAGGCGACGGGAAGCCCAUCGCAAAGCUCUGGCCAGGAAGCGAGCCAAAGAGCAACUCCGGACGCGGACUCCUGACCCCUUGGAGGGCCGGCGGCAUGUGAAUGUCCAAACAGAAUUGUAUCUGGAAGAGCUCGCUGAUCGCAUCAUCGAGGUGGAUGUCGAGUGUCAGACGGAUGCCUUCCUAGACAGGCCGGCCACUCCGCUCUUCAUUCCUGCAAAGUCCGGCAGAGAUGUGGCCACGCAGAUAUGGGAAGGAGAGCUUUUCGAUUUUGAUAUCGAAGUCCGCCCGAUGCUGGAGGUACUGGUGGGCAAAACCAUUGAGCAAGCCCUGCUGGAGGUCAUGGAGGAGGAAGAGCUGGCCAACAUGCGGGCGCAUCAGUACGCCUACCUGGAGAUGCGUUGUGCUGAACUUGCUGAGGUCCAGCGCCUUGAGGAACAAGAGAGGCGGCACCGAGAAGAAAAAGAACGCCGUAAGAAGCAGCAGCUGGAAGUCCUGCAAAAGGAGAAGGAAACCUCGGAAAAAAUCGCGGCCCGGGCUUUCGCUCAGCGUUACCUGUCGGACUUGAUUCCUUCUGUUUUCGGGAGCCUCCGUGACAGUGGAUAUUUCUAUGAUCCCGUGGAAAGAGACAUCGAGACAGGUUUCGUCCCAUGGGUGAUGGGGCAAGUUGAAGAAAACACGGAGAAGAAAGUUCUUGGCAGAACAGUGGCUGACAUCUUAAUUCGUAACGUGAUGGAGCUGAGGUUGGACUCCUUCGAACAGGGGGUGUUACUGAUCCCUCGUGAACCGGAAGUCGUCCAACCUCCCGAACAGGUAGUCCAGCCCAAACCAUCAGUCGAAGUGGUCAUAGCUGCGUCCUCGGCUGAACCAGAACCUUCGGACCAGCCAGACGUUCCCAGUCAGCCAGAACCUUCAGACCAGACAGAAGUUCCUGUUCACCUGGAACCUUCAGACCAGACAGAAGCUUCCAGAUACCUAGAGGUUCCAGAUCAGGGGCAAGUCCCAGUUGAACCAGAUGUUGCUGAGAGGCUGGUAGUCCCGGAUCAAGCCAAAGCCGAAGAAGGAGAGCCGGAAAUAAAAGACCCUGAAACACAAUAAUGGCUAGAUGGAUGAAUCAGGGAAGGUAUCCAAGAAGAUGUCAGAUCGUCGGUGGAAAACAGGAGAAAAACGAAAUUGAAUCUAGUUUAGUCAUGGUGGGCAAGUAAUAAAUCUAAAGCUACGGUUUUUCAAAAGAUGUCCAAGGUCUAUCCUCUUAUUCCUCAUUUUUUUUAAAAACACAACCUGGCACCAAGAAGCUGCUGCUGCUAGUUUUCAACCAUUGUCUGUAACAAUUGUAUAAAAUAUAUGAAUGUAAGUUUUAAAAUGCACUAAUUUCGGGGCAGAAUCUGGCGGAAGUGAAUUAAUUGUUUCUUGUGUCUCAAGAAUAGACCUUUGCUUGGGAUGACGAAGUGCCUUCGAUUUUAGCGAAACAAAGUUCUGAGUUUUAGAAAGUGUUCAGUCUUCUUUCCACAGUUAGUGCAUCCCAGUUUAAAAUGUUCUCUUUGUGUUUGUAUGUUAUGUUAUCGCCCUUUUAUAUGCAUAGUACGUUUAUACCACAAUGUAGAGGUCAUAGCCGGAAUUCUUUACGGCAGUUACAAAACUGUAACCAAGAGUUGUGUCCUCUUGAACGUUAUGUAUUCACAAUCCUUACAUUGCCUCUAGUUUAGAGGCUAUGGAGGGAUCGUGGAAGUCCCUCGGUGUCCACUUUCCGGGCAGCAGCUGCUGUGAUCGACGGGGAUCCAUUCCCCCAUCGAUCGAUAAGCCACUGAUGGAUGUUCCCAGUCAGCCCUUGUCCGAGUGAUCACUAGUGCAAGGGGCAAUUGUGACAGGGACCUGGUUCUGCCGGAAAGUCACAGAAAGUCGGUUGCUACCAAAGCAACAGAGAGGAACAGAUCCCCAUCAAUCACAGCAGCUGCUUCUUGGGGACUUCGGCUGGGAUUUAUGAUGUGUAGCACAGUGAUUUCCAAACUUUGGUCCUUCAGAUCUUUUGGACUUCAGUCCCUAGAAACCCCAGCCAUCUGGGAUUCUGGGAGCUGAAGUCUUAAACACCUCGAAGGCCAGGGUUUGGGGAUCAUUGACGUAGCACCAUAAUUACGGUAUCCUUUCACCUGUAAAUCCCAUACAGGAUUCUGCCCAAAAUCCCAAAACACACACAUUUUUCCCCUCUCCCUCUCUCUAUAAUCUGCAAAAGAAAAUUGAGGUGAUAAGUCUGAUGCAUUCAUGACUUCCAGAGGGGAAAAGUGUCGAUGUUUUAAAUCGUUCCUUGAUAUAAAUGAAUCACUGAGGAGGUAAACAGGAUGGCUGGCGUUACAUUCCCCUCCCUGAUGCUGAACAUUUUGUUUCAAAGGAAUCCAUGUUUUCCUUUGCAAAGGAUUCCUUUUCUUUUGUUUCUCGGGGCUAAAUGCAGAGAGCCGUAAUAAUUCUUAAAAUAAGUAGUUAUAUGGAGUUCAACAUGUUCUGUUUGUGGUUUGCCUGCUGGGAUUGUUUAUAUGUGUAACUGUAACUAUCGCUAUAGCCAUAUAUAGUUAUAAUUACAGCUGUAUAGAACUAUAGAUAUGGAAAUUUAAGCUAAUCAGAACUUUUAGGGGAAAUUCCACUCGGGUUGCGUUAUAUGUCUGUUUUUAUUCAUGCAUCGUUAGACGGAAUUUAACAUGUUAUAUUUGUGGUUUGCUUCUUGGUUUUAUAUGUGUAACUUUUACUAUAACCCGUAACCUUAUAUAGUUAUGUAAAUAUGAAUAUUUAGGCUAAUCAGAACUUUUAGGUGAAAUUUCAGUGAGGUUGCAUUCGAAGUCUGAUUUUAUUCAUGACUUCAGCAAAGAGAAAUGUGUUGUUUUAAUUGUUCUUUGGUUGGCAUAAGAGGGGAAAUCACCGAUUUGCACACACACUUGUGAGUGUGAAUGUGUUUCCCUUCCCUCAUUUGCUUUGAAUAUGCCACAUUUUUAUUUGAGUGCCACUCUUGUUGGCGAUAAGAAUAUUCAUUUCCUCGUUGAUCCCAAAUUAUUUCUGUACAAAUUCAACGUAAUCCAGAAGAACGAUGGGUUCAGGUACAGCUUUUUUUGUGGGGGAUCCCCAAUAUGAGAAAAAACAUUGGUGGCAAUGGGGGGCAAAUACUGUGGGAUAAACCAGCACUUGGAAAAGUUACUUUUGGGAGGCUACAGCUCCCAGAAUAAGUCAGAAUGGCUGAGAAAGUAUUCUGGAAACUGUAGAGCAAAAAUGUAAUUUUUCUAAACUCUGGGAAAGAUAUACAUCAGCAUUGAGCCUAUCUUGCAGUCUUGUGCAAAUGUAAAAAUCAUAGAAAUGUGGAUUCACAUUGCCACCACAAGUCUCUUUUCAUGUCCCUUAAAGUUACUAAUCCUAAUUUACGGCAGUGUCUCCAAAACAUCAUCUCUUCAGUUCCAUAAGAUUUGGUGCAAUUAAUGCUGUUUCUAAUUCUUCUGAAAAAGCACGUGGUGCACUGUGCCGCUUAAGAAUAUAAGCUUUGUUUCUCUCCAGUCUAACCCAAUCCUUCCCCUGACAUACCGGUUUUCUACAUGCGAGGACUGUAUUUAUUUUUCUCCCUUUCACAAUGGAGUGACCAAUGUGUGAUCCUCACAAAACCUGCUUUCUGAAGGGAUGCAAUUCCAGCAGAGGAGGCUCUGCCGUUUUGCUCUGUCCAAAUGUGUAAACUGACCUAAUCCAUUGUUAAACCUCUUCUUCCUUUGCGUUAAAAUAACAUUGUGUGUGUGUGUGUACCAAGAAUAAAGCGGAUACCACAACCACAGAAAAAAACUGUGUUGUUAAAUAUUUCUUCCUACCUGGGCAGGGAGGGGAUGCUUUGAGUUUGCAAAGAAGAACAUUUCAAUAUUAAUCUACCAGGAAUGUACAGUUCUGUACAGAUAAUUUAUUGUGAUCAAGCCAUUUAUCGCCCCAUGUUCUGCUUGGUCCGAUGUGCCUUGUUUCACUUGAGCACACAACCCAAAGCUUUGUUUUGGCGUCACGGCCAGACGGUAGUUAAAGUGCUGGAUUGGGACUUGGGAGAUCUAGUACACCAUUCAGCCACAAAAAUCACUGGGAGAACGUGUUGUUUUUUCUCAGCCUGGCCUACCUGAAAAGUUUGUUAUGAAGAUAAAGGCAAGAAACAGAGUCCCAUGAUCAUGUACCAACUUAAGCUAACUAGAGGAGAGGGAGAUAAAAAUGCACUCAAUAAUAGUUUCAUUAUUAUUAUUACUAUUAUUGAAAAAAACAUUUGUGGUUCCAGUAAUGACAGACU